GAAAGUAAGAAUCUAAAAAGUUGCGAUGAUUGACCUCUGUGCGGUGUCGAAUUUUGUCAGAGUUCUCCGACCAAUUUAUUUGUGACGCGGCGUUUGCACGUGACGGCGCCAACAAGUUCAAUCCCCUGAACCGGGUGAAAGUCAACGAGCCGGUCGCUUCCGUGUGAAGGGUUGUGCAUUACCUGCCGGAAUCAGCAACUUUGCAACGACAGAAUGAGCGGCAUCGUCAACAUCAACUCGGCUAACUUGCUCCGCCUGGGAGCUUUGGGCGCAGGCGUUUUCUAUGGCUACGCUCACAAGCAAAGCUUGACCGCUUUUGUGCACAAGCGUUCCGAAGAGCGUGCCCGUCUCCACAACUUGGACUUGGUCGACGAGGCCAAGAUUGCGUUUGAGGCUCAGGAGUCGAGGGAGACCGCCGCACGUGCUAAGAAGGCUGGAUUGGCUACCAUCGACAACGACUCUUGGAGAUACGACGCUGAGCGCUACAUGAACUUCUUGCUCUCUGAAACCGAAGCGGAAGCACCAAAGCCUAAGAAGAAGUAGAGAGAUUGUAAAAGCUUGUAGCGAUAACCAUGGAUAUGCACAACAAUACAUGAGGAGUACUCGACGAAAUGAGAGAAAGCCACAUGUUGCCUCAGGAUAAUCUGAUCGUAGAGGAAGUUGAAAUUUCGCAAACUGGCAGAUGGCGAGGUUUCGACUAUAGAGCAUGGGACGAGAGCUUUGCAUAGAGCGGGGACAUUGUCGUUAUUCAGUGGCAACGAGAUCGAAUACGACAACUUCCGAGAUUCUGAAGGGUGAUGCACAAGCAACUCCGAGGUUCGU